AUGCUCUCGUUCAUUUGGUUUGUCUUGUUCUGUUUGAAUUUGCCUCCAUUGACUUCUCAGCAUCCUGUGCUGCAGUCUGUGCAGAGGUCUAGAUCUAGGAGCCUCGCCGUUGACAUUUCCAGCAAUUCUACACCACGUAACUGCUACCAUGCCAAGCUGCUCGGUCACAAAGUCAGUGAAGUGUAUGUCAUCGAUCCACGCGACGGUCUGGGCUCAUUCACAGUUUACUGUGAUAUGGAAACAGACGGUGGAGGAUGGACGGUAUUCCAACGCAGAAGAGACGGAUCUGUUGAUUUCUUUCGCAACUGGAAUGAAUACAAAAAGGGAUUUGGAAACGUGGGAGAAUUCUGGCUUGGACUAGACAAAAUCCAUCGUUUGUCAGUCGGAGUGAAACUUCGAGUAGAUCUGAUGUCGUUUGAUGACGAGAAAGCUUAUGCUUUGUACGAAGACUUUAGUGUCGGUGACGAAGCGUCACUGUACGUUCUUUAUUUUGGAUCUUACUCUGGAACUGCAGGAGACUCCCUAAGAAGUCACAACCUCAAAAGCAUGAAGUUUACUACCAAAGAUUCCGACAACGACCAACGAUUAUCAAGUAAUUGCGCUGGAGGUAGUCGAGGCGGUUGGUGGUACAACGACUGCCAACAUGCAAAUCUUAAUGGAAAGUACGAAUACGACGGCGAGGGGUGGAGCAGAGUCAUGUGGAGGUUGUUUAAAUUGACUAAGGCCUUGCAGAAGGCUGAAAUGAAAGUGAAGAAUGCAUUUACUACAGUCACUAUAAUAGUGACAAUCAUCAGCAGAAGAAUGGUGAAACCAAAAAUCGAGGAAGAGAUGCGAAAAUUCAAUGUAGCCGUCAGGGCUCCAGCAAUGGGAGCACCUAGUGUUCCAGACAAAAAUGUAGCUGCUAACACAAGUCCGGAUACAGCUCCAUUCAAUGCCAUGUUCUUUUCGUAUCCUCUUGAAGUAGCAGUCGUAACAUUUCAGCUCACAGUGUUGCCAAAGUCUGAGACCGUCACUGUUGAUACGUCCACUGACAGGUACACGACACCACGUAACUGCUACCAUGCCAAGCUGCUCGGUCACGAAAUUAGCGGAGUGUAUGUUAUCGAUCCACGCGACGGUCUGGGCUCAUUCGCAGUUUACUGUGAUAUGGAAACAGACGGUGGAGGAUGGACGGUAUUCCAACGCAGAAGAGACGGAUCUGUUGAUUUCGAUCGCACCUGGAAUGAAUACAAACAGGGAUUUGGAAACGUGUGGGGAGAAUUCUGGCUUGGACUAGACAGAAUCCAUCGUUUGUCAGUCGGAGUGAAACUUCGAGUAGAUCUGAUGUCGCUUGAUGUCAAGAAAGUUUAUGCUUUGUACGAAGACUUUAGUGUCGGUGAUGAAGCGUCACUGUACGUUCUCUAUUUUGGAUCUUACAAUGGAACUGCAGGAGACUCAUUACGAUAUCAAGACCUUAAAAGUAUGAAAUUUAGUACCAAAGAUUCUGACAACGACAAGCAUGGAAGUAAUUGCGCUGCAAGUAAUAAAGGCGGUUGGUGGUACAACAGAUGUCAUUAUGCGAAUCUUAAUGGAUUGUACGUUUACAAAGGCGUAGGAUGGGAAAACGUUAUAUGGUACACGUUCAAUGGACUCAAAUGUUUGCAGAAAUCCGAGAUGAAAGUGAGGAAUAGUCUAAAAUAG